ACAACCCAAAAACAACUCAACACCACAUGUGAAUAAAGCUAUUAAGCAAUCAUCAAAUAAAUCAUUUUGUCCUGCAACAAUCAAAUGCACAUCUACUGCUUAUCUCUUCAAGCAACUAUCGUAAGCAUUAUUGCAAUCUCAUUUCCUUCUUAAUCUCUCUCUCUCUCUUUCUCACGACUAUGCAAACAUUGUUCACAACUCUGUGUCUCCUUAUCUUUUCAACAUGUCUGAUCCCACCAAGUUCUGCUCUCGCUAACUCAUGUCGAUCAUACUGUGGAAACAUAACCAUAGAUUACCCAUUCGGGCUCCAAUACGGGUGCGGGCACCCGGGAUUUCGGGACCUUCUUUUCUGCAUGAACGACAUUCUCAUGUUUCACGUAAGCUCAGGGUCGUACAGAGUUCUGGAAAUAGACUACGCGUACCAGUCUCUCACUCUUCACGAGCCUCACAUGUCAACUUGUGACACAAUUGUGCUCGGCCGCACCGGCAACGGCUUCUCGGUGGAGCCGUGGCGGGAGGCCUACAUGAAUCCGAUCUCCGACAACGUCUUCAUGCUCAUAGGUUGUUCAGCUGAGUCACCUCUGUUCCAAGGUUUCCCAGAGAAGCACUUGCCAUGUCGGAACGUUUCGGGAAUGGGCUGUGAGGAGUACUACGGGUGCCCGGCAUGGGAUCGGGUGGGACACAAACGGCUCGGGUCUACACACUUUGGGUCAGGCCCACCAGCAUGUUGUGCCAUACCAUUCGGGGCGAUUAAGGCUAUUAAUCUGACCAGGCUUCAGUGUGAAGGGUAUAGCAGUGCUUACAAUCUUGCACCGUUGAGACUAGACGGGCCGGGCGGGUGGUCGUAUGGGAUCCGAGUGAAGUAUUCGGUGCAAGGAAACGACGAUGACUUUUGCGGAGCGUGUGAGGCCACAGGUGGCACGUGCGGGUAUGGUUCAGAUGGAAUUAGGCAAGCUUGUAUGUGUGGGAACUCCAAUUCAACCUCCAACUGUGAUUCAGGAAAAGCAUCUACAGUGACAAGGCCUAUGAUGUCAAAAAUGGUUGGAGGAUUAUUGACGUAUACACUAGUGUGGCUGACAAGCAAACAGAUUUGAAUAGUGUCUACCAAGUACCAACAAAACCUGACUCAUGAAUCCCAUAUUGUAAAUGUCAUAUUUUUUGUGUCAGUCCUAUAUUCAUGGUAUUUGACUCAGAUUGAGUUUUGACGGGUGUUUCUGUACUUCCUAUUCCCAUUGAUGGACUUAAAAUGCCGUGCAUGAUAUUUGUCCGCAGAAUCUAAUUUGAGAUCAUUUUCCCAUUCGAAAACUUGUUGUGUUCAGAGUAAUCGAUCCAGGAUUAUUACUUGAACAAGCCAUGACACGAAUGGCACUCGUG